AUGGUGAUUGCUGCUUGGUUGAGUGUUGGACUUCGAACUUACGUUCGAAAACAUUGGAUCCAUAAGCCUCGAAUAAAAGGUGUUCUCAGAAAUAAUCCAAUUGCGGCUGUAUAUUUAUACCAAGAUCUAACAUCAGCAACUCGUAAAACAGCACCGUGUUACUGGUUGCGAGCAUCACGUCAACAAUAUACACAGUGUAGACGUGAACCAGGCUUAGCAAAUGUUUUAAAUGAUUCACGUUUUCUUACAAUACAACAAUGUGAAGAUCAAUUUCGUUACGAUAGAUGGAACUGUUCGCACAGUAAAAAUAUGUUCAAAAAAGUUUAUCGUGAAACAGCCUUUAUGCAUGCAUUGAAUGCAGCUAGUAUUACAACAAUGGUUUCUCGUGCUUGUGCUGAAGGUAAAUUAAAAAAGUGCCAUUGUUCAACUAAAGCAAAGAAAAAUAAAAUUGAUGGGGAUGAUGGUAAUUUAGCAGAAAAUAAGUGGAAAUGGGGUGGAUGUGGUGAUAAUUUACAAUAUGGUCGAAGGUUUGUAAGAAAAUUUUUACAAUUACGUGCACAUUCUGCAGAUUUUCAAGAAACAAUUUUAAGUCACAAUAGUGAAGUUGGUAUACGUACCGUUGCGUCUCAAAUGCGUGAUGUUUGUAAAUGUCAUGGGGUUUCUGGUUCUUGCUCGAUAAAAACAUGUUGGCGACGUGUCCCACCACUAAUUAUUACUGCAACACAAUUGAAGAAAAAAUAUCAUCGUGCUAUGAAAUUUGAGUUUGGAAAUCGUGCAACCAGACGUGCUGAACCAACAAAUAAAAAAUGGCCUAAAGGGCAAUUAUUGUAUUUAGAAAAUUCAUCAACAUUUUGUGCUGUUACACCACAUCGAAAAUGUUUAAAUCGUAUGAACUGUGCUACAUUAUGUUGUGGUCGAGGAUAUUAUACAAAAAUCGUUUAUGAGAAUCGAAAUUGUAAUUGUCGUUGGAAGAAAAAAUUUGAAAUGAUAUGUGAUCAGUGUUCAUUUGAAAUUGAAGAGUUUACUUGUAAAUAA